CUUUAUCGCUAAAAAUCGUAAAUGGAGAAAGCAGAGCUAUAACGGAGACUUAUGUCCCGCGAUAAAACUGUAUCCGAGCCGCUCGAUAAUUCAUAGCCCGAGUGUCACGCGGGCGCAUACUUCCGUUAAGAGUUAAUUAAUUUACGAAACGCAUGAGGAAUUACAUAAGCCGUAAGCGCGCUGCAGCCGAUCGGGAGGGCUUACGAACGAAAGAGAUAUAUAACCGUUUGACAAAGACAAGACGGGAACGCUAUCGCCGCAUGCGCGCAGCGAGCAUAACCGCGCGCUUGCUACAGCAGAUCGAUCAUCGUGACAUACCGUCGGGGCAGGGCAUCGUUCGUGUUCGUAGGUCUUCGAAGGAUUUUCGGAAGGGGGGACCUCCUACGAUGAAACGCAUCCCACGACAUUCGCCUCGACCAGCAAAGUGUAAAAUUUAAUAAGAACAGAGAGAGAAAGGACACAUAAAAACGUACUUUUUUUAAUUAUAUAAUUAGUGUGAAAUAUAUCUCAUCCCACGUGUUAAUUAAUUUAAGGAUAAAGAAAUGUGCAAUAUUUUAUAUAUUAUAUAUAAUUGUGUGACAUUUGUAUGCGCAUUUUUAUAUAAAAAUCUAGGCGUUCUUUAAUUCGCACGGUUCGACAAAUUAAAGUUGUGUCGAGCAUCACGUGGGGACGGGGGAUCGCUCUCGAGCGAAGAUACGUUAUCAGCGCGCGGUCAGGCGGUCCAGUUUUGCUCUAAAAUUGCGGUAUUUGGUAGGGCCAUAUCGAGAAGGCGGCUCGGCUCCUGGUGCACGAUGCGGCGUGGUGUUCUCGCCGAGGUCCCCGUCUCGGCCGCGCUGGUGCUUAGCCGGCGAGCUAGCUACUCCAAUCGAGACGCUCACAAUCGCGAGAGGAGGAGCGCAAGUAGGUGGAGAAAGAGUUGUGAAACCGAGCACGCUCGCAGACCUCUAUAGCCCGCGUAGGUUGUUGUCGAGCCGCGACGACGACUCGUUAGGGCUCUUCCCGGCGGACGAAGCGACGAAGUCGCGACGAAAGUUAUUGCCGCAGUUAACUCCAUAACCAGGCGAGUUCGGCGUUGCAUGCCAAUGCGCGCGUACAUCGCCGCGGCGCGGCGCGAUAACGAGCUCGCGCGGCGCAAAAUUCCUCCCGCGGAUCUGUACACCGCGCUCUCCGAUCAGUCCGUUACAAAAUAGGAUACUUCAAUAACGACGGAGACGUGGGAUGUGCUUCUACAGUCAUUCUGGAAGAGUGAAUUUAAACUCAGACCUUGCACAAUGUUAAUUUUCACCCUGAAAAGGCAAAAAUUAACAUUGUGCAAAGUCCAAGUUUGAAUUCACUCCUAAAGAGACGGAAUAGGAAUUUUGACUCUUAAUGGAGCAACAAAUAUUAGCUUGAACACUGCACAAGCUUAAUUCUGACUCUUCUAAAAUGUAUGACAAGCAUUACAAUUUUAACGCGAUUACUUUUGAAAGAAACCCUCGAAGUUCAGGUGAUUCAGAUAUUCAGCGAAUGACAAUCGCACAUCUUGAGCGUUUCAAUUUUCGAGAACGCGUGCAAAGAUACACUUGUAUUUUCACGUGUUAAGGAGGAAGAGAAAGAGAGAGAGAGAGAGAGAGAGAGGAACGAAACCCGAGAUCUGCGGCAACAAAGUCGUACCACCAAGUUAUCGCCGCAGUUAAGUCGAUAGCCGGCCAGAGCUCGCGACCGUCGUACCUCGACAGGAUUAAGAGCCGGUGAGGUCCGAGAUCGCCGAGAGGUCUGUUAUUCCAGCUAGAAAGGGGUUCGAAGUUAUCGUCGUAAUGACUACACUUGGCGUUUCAUAGACUCGCGCAGUAUGCGGCGGAAGUGCCUAAAACCGAAUGUGCCGCGCUUGAAACCAGUUUCGCCGAGGCGGACUCGAUCCUGAGAUAGUCGAAGAAUUUGAAGAUGGCAGGUAGCUAUCCUUCAUGUGUCAUUUUCGAUUCCAACUGCCAUAUCUUCACGCGUUCGCUCUUAUCUUUAUCUUCGUCUUUUACGUCCGUAACGUAACGCUUCCGCGUUGCGAGUGAAACAGUUGAAAAUGAAUCUCCGGUCUUCCCAUCCGGCGGGAACGAUUUCUAGAGUUGCAGUUUUUUGUUCUCGUAGAUAACAGCCUCAUAGAUGACAUGUUAACGAAUAAAAAAAAAAAGAAAGAGGGGGAGAGACGUCGAUGUAUCUCCCGUCGUUUAAAGGCCAAUAACGCAUGUAAGGCAACGAUAAUUAAACGAGUUUUUGUCAGGAGUUUGUAAUAACACAAAAUCAUGCUGACGAUGAUAGCCGCCGUGGCUGAUUGAGAACGGAUAGCUCGGAAAAGACCUGCUUUUUCAUUAAUACGUAUCCUGCAAAACAAUGGCAGGGCUGUGUUUCUUGCUAUGCCAGGAAUUAUCCAGAGGGAAAGAGAGAGAGAGAGAGAGACAGAGAAAACAGCGAGAUGGACAGCCGCUGGGGGUCGCAGACGUUACUUUGCGAGAGGGUGUCACGCGGACGGGAAAAUGAAAGAAACAUAUAACGCCACGAUCGACCAGUGGAUUAAAGCGUCCGAAAAAUGCUUGAUUAAAGAGCAUUCCCUGCUUGAUAUAAUUUUCAAUAUAAUUUUUUUAGCUUGUAUCGAGAAAAAUCUGUGUCGCUGUGCGUCAAUCAAUUGCACGGUACGAAAGGUAGGUCACAUUUUUCGCGGUCGAGAAGGGAAGAAAGGGAGGGGGAGACCUCGGUGCAUAUUGCAAUGCAUUGCAACUUACCAGCGAUGUUCCUGUGCAUGCGUCGAAGUCUCUGGGGACGUUCCCUUCUCGGCGAAGGUGGCGCGAGAUCCGAAACGACGUCGCGCUUUACUCUUUCACGUGUCACACUCGUGUGUCGAGUCCUCGACAGCUUGCGAAUUCUCUUUGUAAAAUCCUUCCGCGAUCCCUCCAACAUUGAACUUAUUGAAAAGUCUUCCCUGUCGAGGGAGAGUUCCUUCGGCUUGGCUGAACACUUUUUCAUUCUUUUCGUCUCAUGAAAAAAUGAAGCUGUCACGCAAGGAAGUCCACCUGGGAUACAUCCAAGGUUCAAUUCGGAUCGACUUUAAGACGAAAUCUUAGGGUCGUCUGUCUGUCAAGCACACGAAGUGGCCUUAAGCUCACGUUCCGACUCGCAGGAAGUUAGGAAAUCCUUCUUUUUCAGCCUCGUUUUUUACCACUCUUUCUCCUUCUCUCUCUCUCUCUACACGCGGCGAGAGAAUUUCUUGCGCGAGUCCGCGUUUUGCUGCAUAAAAGCGUCGAAGAAACCGCGUACUCAUGCGCGAAUUGCCUUCGUAAAGUCUCGUUUCGAAUAGUGGCACGUUUAUCCGACGAGAUAAUAUCCACCGGCGAGAGCGAGACCGGGGAAAACGUUAAAACGCGCCUAACUGUAUUUCCCCGGAGAAUUCGAAAAAUCAUCGCACACCGAGAUCAUUGAUCCUUGAUCCUUGUAACGACGCGCGCGCGAGCGCGGAGGCCUCCGGGUUCCUCGUUUGCCGGAAUGAUUUUUUGCCUUUCCGCUCGAUCGAUCCCGACCGGUGCGCGGCGCAGCGCGGCGCGGUGAUCACAGCCGAUUCCCACUUCCUCGAUCACUCCGUCGAGUAACCCCGCGGCGUAAUCCAACUCGGCACGCACAUCGGAAUCCAAACGCACUGUAACGUAGGAUCGCGAUCAUAUCGCGAUUUUACGCGAUGCGGACUCGACUUCGGGAGACCCAUUCGCGGCAAACUCGUCCGCGACGAACCACACCUAUGGCGAGCCAGGGCGAGAGUAUUUCUUUUUUUUUUUUUGCACCGGAACGAUUGCGGCCACUACAGCGGUUUUACGAAGGUCCUGAAUCGAGAAGAUUCGCUUUUUUUUUUUGUUUCAAUGCACCAUUCAGUAACGUCCGACCGAUAACGAUAAAGUGUGGGUCUUCUUUCUUUCUUUAAAGAUAACGUUUGCCUUGCACACUCUGAGGAUUCAGAAGAUAAAGCAUUCUCAUCGCACAAGACGUGAGAUAUUGUCAUGCACUCCUCUAGCACAGACGCACCAAGGAAACGCGAGAAAAACGAUCGAGACUUUGGUGUUGUAAUCUUCUUCCAUCGUCAUCUCACGAGGAGAGGAGGGAGGAAUCCCUUCGUCAUGCCCUUAGCUAUUAAAUCUGUCAUCUUCAACAUCGGUGACUCGAUUGAUAUUGUGAUACGAUGGUAAUCUACAGUAAAUUCAAUUAAACAUUAAAAAUUGCACUGUCAAUCGACACUCCUCGACGAAAUAUCCGUUAUGCCUUGUCGUCAAUAUCUCGAUAUCUUCGGCGCAGAUCGCAGAGUAUCCGUUAACUGUUUGCAAUAGGCCGAUUGAUCAUUGACCAGGGCGGAAAUCGGGGCUCAAGGUCAAGAAUGCGAGAGCCGAGUGGCGCGAAGUAGCGAUCGUCGAAUCGUUACGGAUCCCGUUGUUUCAGAGUCCCAGGGGGGGGAAGAAAACUCAUCUUGAGUUUCCCUUCUGACCACUAUGCAACAGCCUUCGAGUAUCCUGGAUUAUUUCUCGGCAAUCUUUGGAGAGGUGGAGGUCGAUUACUCGGCGGUCUAUUCGGGAUUAAUGAAACGGAGGAGCAGCGAUUGGCCGGACAUCGGUUCGACGUUCUUCUCUAGUCUCCGGCCUUACCUCCCUCGCAUCCCCCCCCAAAAAAGAGAAAAAAAUGGCAGAAUCGCGACGAGCCCUGCCCAAGGAUAACUCGACACUCCUGCUCGUCCAAGCAUCAGCGAGCGACUGAGGGCUGCAGACAUCGGGCCCAGAAACGGGGCCCGCCACGCCACGGCUCACGAGCCCCCCUCGCCGUGUCUCUCUCAGGACCAGUUCGGUCGCUUCGCCGUUGCGAGGGAAGGAUGCUGUGCACCGGAGGACUCCCCACCCGCGGGGAACCUAUGUCCUACGUCCUACGUCGUGCAUUCCGCGUCCUGCGCCCGUCGCAGUCGGAGAAGGCCUCUUCCCCACCUGAUCUCGGCGCACGCAUUUCGCGCCCUCGAUCAAGACGCACGGGAAGAUUGCUCUCGUGCUUGCUUCCGGCGCGCGACGCGUACCGCGAGAUUUUGUCAGUUCGGAGGAAUAACGGGCAUUCCACUGGUACUUGGAUGCAUUUUGAAGCACACUCUAUUAAAACAGUUUCGUUCUGAGGAAAUUAAUUGAAAAUUCAAGCUUGAAAAAUUUUAAAAUAGAUUUACAAAAAUUAAUUUUGAGAAUAAUGAAAAUGUAAGUUGUUGUCUAAAAAAUGUUUAAAAAUUAGUUUAAACAAAAUUUUAUCAAGUGAUUGCUGCUCAUAAUUUACAGAUUAAUUUUUCGAAUUAGAACCUAUCUUCAAAAGAUUAUAAACUUCUCAAAUAAAAAAUCAAAGAUUAUAUCAAAAUCAAUAAUAUGUAUUAAAUUAAUACAUUAAGUUAUUCAAAUAAAUAAAGAACAAUUAUUAAAGUAAUAUAAAUAUAUCAAAUCAUUUUUCAUUUACAGAUACUUAUAAAUUUUUUGAUCAGUGUAGAAUGAAUUUUUGGUUAGUGAUUUUACCACAGAUAGGAUUGCCAAAUAACUUCAUUCUUGUAUCUCCAAUUAAUAAAGUAUGACUUAAUACUUUAAUUAAUUUGUAUUGUGUUUUAAUGCAUAUAAUUCCUCCGCGGUAUUUACCUUGUGAAUCAAUGGCGAAUUAAUUAAUUAAUUAAUCGUUCUUCAAACGAAACAAGCUUGUGAAUAAGGGUAACUUUAAAAUAAGCAGGCGUAAUAAUUCGUUUACAGUGAAGCUGUAGAUUCGCUAACCCGUUUGUCCCCUUCCUCCGCGGCUGUUUGUGCUGCCAAUCGCGUCAUGUGCCCCCUGAUGGCCCACCUGGCCCAACCUCUUCGCAUGCGACGGGAGCCAAUCGCGUGUCUAACGUACGAUCUAAUGCUACGCUCGUAACGGGUGUCGAAAGUGGAGGGAGAUCGCGCGUCUCGCGUUUGCUAGUUUGCUUGGCUCCGAGUGAUUUUAGAUCGUCGCGUUGCGUCGCGCGAUCGUACCCGGCCAACCGGCCGGUGUUAUCAUUCGUAUCGGCCGCGAACUCGAAAUCUCGUUUCGAAAUUGGAAUUCCUGUUCAAACGCCCGGGAUAUCCAGAGAGAAACGAGAUCUUGACUUUCCACAUUCUAGACCUUUCGCGCGAGCAAUAAAAUCGAUACAGCAAACAGGCCUUUCAGAGCAGGAAUUGCAGGAAUGAGAUAUGUAUAUAUAUAUAUAGAACGCGCAUUGGCAUUUUAGAUUCUUAUAAACCUCUUUAGGAUUCUCGAAACUGCUGCACCAAGACAGCUGUAUAAUUAACCGUACAAAGUAAUAGGUGGAAUAAACAACGCAAGCUUUACAUACGAACAGACGAAUGUUCCUUACUCCUGCAAGGCGAGCGAAAAUCGCGCGUGAAUUAUGGACUCUCGCGGGAGUUUGUUUAAUAUCUUGCAAAUUAAAGUUUUAUAAGACGCGCGAGCGAACGCGGGAGCCUCCUCCCUUUCCUUUUUUCCUUCUUCAAACGUGUGUAUAUACGUGAGAUUGGUCCAGCUACGGGAAUCAGGUUCGGUAACUUGUCCCAUCCAUCACUAACCCCGGACAGCCAGAUGUUCGCAGGGGGUACAAUGGUCGGUAUAAGGUAUUACCCCUUCGUGCAUAAUGCCGCCAGCAGAAAUUAUCCAGCGGCACCCUCCGCACUCGGCCGCUCUCGGACGUAGAAAAUUUUGGAUUUUACGUCUGGUAGAAUCUUUUCUCCUUCUGUGUGCGGCGCAGCCUCCUCCCGUUUUUCUCUGUUAGCAGAAGCGCGAAAACUGCUCCCCUCCCCGCGGAUGAUCCGCUGCGCGAACGCGAAUUGAGGGCUGCACGCAGGAAAAUCUCGGGGAGGAUUCGCUCCUCCGAUCUCUCGUCGAUCUCGAUUUUCUCGAUUACACUGACUACAUCGUGUAUAAGACUAGCAACGCGACAUGUGUGUAACAUAUUAACAUUUUCCUAACAUUAAAAAAUUGAUAUUUCCGCAGUGUUAAACAUCGAAAAAAAUUAAAUGUUACAUGUUGGAUAGAACGCUUGCUCAAACGUUUGCGACGGAGAAAAGUUUCAGAUCAUACAGUGCGAUCAUCGUCUCUCCUUCCUUACCUCUCUCUCUCUCUCUCUUGUCCCUCGAAUUUAUUGUCUCUCACUUCGAGGAGCAUCCCCUGCAAGAGACAGAGAUUUGCCGCAGGUGGUGCGGCCCACGAACGGCGCGGCGCGUACAUGCGCGGCGUUUUCGCAUCGUAUAACGUCGUCGCUGACCGGUUCGGGCCCCACCGCACGAUUCUCCACCACCCGAUUCACCGUGGGAAUGAAGCUUUCAAUUAGGCCCGCGACGGUCGUGGGCUAACGAUUGAGCGACGAUCGAUCGAUCACACACUGUGCGAUGUGCUCGUCGAAUGGGCGAAUUCAAGAAAUACAGCGCGUCCUUCUAUCCGAAUAUCAAAACUCCAUAUCUGCAUGCAGCUCUCUUUCAACUCAAACUCCCAAGUUACAUAAUCCAUUCUCAAUUCGCGGGACCAUAAUGUUUCAUUGUAGCUGUAAGGAAAAAUUUUCACGGAAACCUCCUCGUUCUAAAUCGUAAAUUUAUUAAUAUUGUUUUUCGAAAGAAGAAAUAUGAAAUGUAAAAUUUCCAACAAACUGUCAUGUGUAUAAAGGGUUCUUUUUUUUUUAUCAAGGUUAUUCCACGAAAGUGGCUCUUGGCGUCUACUCCGCUAGAUAAGUGCGAGGCCGGCGACAAUCCAGAGCCAGAGCAAUGCAACGCGCAGAAAUUUCAGCAUCCGAACUGCAUAAAAAUCGAAACGUGUCCCUUGAUAUCGAAGCACACUUAUCCGGGAGACAGAUUCUUGUCGUCCCGGCGUGGUUUUAGUGUCGAUAUGGCUCAUUAUCUGUUAACGAAAGAUGAUACGACGAAGAAGGAUGAUAUACAUAUACUAGACGUUUGUAAAGAGGUCGAGUCGCUGGAUACUACGUACCGACGUAAAGCCUUGCGUGCGAUUAUGAUAGAGUGGAGUCUAAUGCCAGAAUUAGAUCGGGGCAAGAUUUUACGAUUUAGUGGCUCGAUGACGCGGCCACAAAAUCCGCCGUAUCCAGAAUAUGAGAAAAAGGGAAACUGGAAGUGUCUGCCGCGCAAAAAAACUCUGAUAGGAAGUGCAGACAGGAUGCUAUGUAUGCCCGAUACCGUUUCUGUACUAAAUGAUAAGGCAGUCGAUUGGAAUUGCCACGAGCUAAUCGCCGUGAGUGACUGCAAUUUGCUGACGAUAUAUUACAACAAUGGUGAGAAGAUAACAACGAUCACAACCACCGGUACGGAUCCCGACAAUCCAAAUACUAAAAUCACCGACCUUAAGUGGAGCAACGAUGGUGAUAAAUUGACAAUAUCCCUCUUCGUUCCUGUUGUACGUCUAUCGUCGCUCAUGCUGUACGAUUUGAGGAAAGCGAAGAUCUCGUGGACCGUCUACUGUAAAUGUUGGAUUCCGAUCGAAAAUAAAGGCUGCGUUAUGCGUUGCAUCUGUUGGUCAGCUAACGAUCAUCAGAUCGUCACCGGAUGUUCCGGAAAAAUAUCUGUAUACGAGGCCGAUACGGGCAAGUUGUUAAAUAGGAAACGAGUGCAUGAGUCUGACAUCCUAACCCUGAGUUUCUCGCCGAAUUUCAAAUAUCUCGUAUCAAGCGCGCGGGAUAAAAUUGUUCGAUUGUUCACCUGGCCGGAGUUCACUCCUUGUUUCAAUAUCAAAUUUUAUAAACCUGUUAAGGCGGUCGCCUGGCACCCCCAAGUGUCCGGGUUGCUUUGCAUAGGCGGAAGAAAGAACGGAUCGUUGUCAUUAUGGAAUGUCAACAAGUGCGCGAUGACGGCCUUUGUGCGCACCAAGUUCGACGGUCGCGUGGAAAAUCUCGCUUGGAAUAAGUUAAGCGGUGAGUUGGUCGUACAUUGGACAUACAAAGAGGAGGACAACCGAUACACCAUCGUCGCGGUGCUCGCCAGUUUCAAUCGGAUCGUCGACGUGCUGUCACUGGAUAAAGAGACGAAGCUCUCCUUCUUGAAGUUCAAUGCCACGCAUAAACAACUGAUGCUCUGCUCUGGAGAGACACCCGCCCUGCGAGUAACGCACGCGAGAAUAAGGGUAAUGUGAAAACAUUACAUUUAACAAGAAGUAUCGCUGUUUACUCCGAGAUGGUCGAUUUACGAUUCUACGUCAACCGAAGCCGCACCUUCCAGGUAUCGAUCAUAGAACCCCGGCUUUGCCGACCGCCUCGCAGUCAAGUAAUUCGUCAACCUGGAUCGCGGGCGCGAGUGAACGCUGUCUUUGCAUUCUGUAACAUCGAUCGAGUCUGCCGCCGCAACAUUACGGCGAUGCCGCCCGGUUGACGUUCCAUUCGAGAGAGAACGUUGAAAGGCUGACGACGACGGCAACGAAGAAUUUUCAAAUCUAUCAAAUAAAAUAAAGUAGCUAACGCAAAAAGAAAAAUGAAGAAAUCUGUCAAUUGUUAUGCAAGUCUCUUAUCGCGAAUGCAAUUGCUCUUCCUUCCUUCUCGUCAUUUGCUGAAGAUUGUCAAAGUGACGAUAUCAAAUCUAGGAACCGCGUUGACGAUGUUCAAUAGAAGCGAAUGUUUGCGUUGUAGAUUUUAUAGAUAUAAUUUAUAAAGAGUAGCAUUUUAUAAAGGAAACUUGUGAAAGGUGCACGAGGGCGUGGUCGGCCAUUCACGGUUGACCACUGGCCCAGUGGGUCCAGUUUACGGUCGAGCGAUUGCGACAUCGUCGUAUCGACAACGCAGGCCGACUGGUUCGACCACUGGCGAUUAUUCGAUAUCCGCCAACCUCGUUCUCGUAAUUUUCAGACUUUGUGCAACUCGCCCCGUAAAUUCCCCUCUCCCCUCCUCCCCCGCCCCUCCUUGUUCUUUCAGUUGAAAAAUUGCACCUGAAUAACGUCUUUGCGUUAUCUCUCGCGGACCGAAGGAGAGAAAUUCGGAAAAAGACUGCAAGGACGAUGCGACAAUUUUAAACGGAAGAUUAUUAAUCUUAUCUGACGUGCAAUUUUUCUUCAGUCGAAGGCGUUCAAUUUCACUCGAGUCUUUUUUUAAUAAAGCGUUUAAUAAAAAUGUUUUUAAUUAAAAAAAAAAAAAACAAGCCGCUUAAAAAGAGCAAACGCUGGAAAUUGCCGGAGAAAAUGUCGCGGCACACAAAACGACAAAUUAAGUAUAACGACGUUAUCUUAAAACCAAGAUUUAUCUCGUGAAGUUGUAUCCGUGCUUCUUGAACUUUCUUCGAACAUCUCUCGGAAGGAAGGAGAAAUGAAAGAGUGAAUUUUUUUUCGGACUUACUUCCUUCUGCUUCUUACAAAUAUAGGAUCGUUACACACCGCUACGAAUGCUGUUUACGCCGUUUAAGCGCUACGCUUUGCCUAUCGUGCAGAUAUUUGUAUCGCUUAUUUGUAAGACGGUUUCAGAUUGCAAAAUUAGAAUCUUGGAGUCGCGAAUGUCAUCGAACGCGCUACCGAACGCGAUCCGUUUCGUAACCGAUUAAUUUUAACGAUUCAUCCGAGCGGAUUUGUAUAAUUUAUCGGCGUCCCGCGCGCCAUAACGCGCCAUUCGCAUAUUCGAUCGAGCUCUAAA